GUUCUGCUGAAGGGUUUAACCAAGCAGAUAAAGCAAUAAACACAGCAGUGAAGUCUGGAAGAUGGGUAAUGCUGAAGAACGUUCACCUGGCUCCUGGCUGGCUCAUGCAACUAGAAAAGAAGCUACAUUCCCUACAACCCCAUGCUUGCUUCAGACUCUUCCUUACCAUGGAGAUUAAUCCAAAGGUGCCAGUGAAUUUGUUACGUGCCGGCAGAAUCUUCGUGUUUGAACCUCCUCCUGGUGUAAAGGCAAACAUGCUGAGGACUUUCAGUAGCAUUCCAGUUUCUAGAAUGUGCAAGUCUCCAAAUGAGCGUGCUCGUUUGUAUUUUCUCCUUGCCUGGUUCCAUGCCAUUAUCCAAGAGCGCUUGCGCUAUGCUCCAUUGGGUUGGUCCAAGAAGUAUGAAUUUGGAGAAUCCGAUCUGAGAUCCGCCUGUGACACAGUAGAUACAUGGUUGGAUGACACAGCAAAGGGCCGCCAAAACAUUUCACCUGAUAAAAUCCCCUGGUCUGCAUUGAAGACACUGAUGGCACAAUCUAUCUAUGGAGGUCGCAUUGAUAAUGAAUUUGAUCAACGUUUGUUAAACACUUUCUUGGAACGUCUGUUCACUACUUUAAGUUUUGAUAGUGAGUUCAAACUGGCUUGCAAGGUUGAUGGACACAAAGAUAUUCAGAUGCCAGAUGGAAUCAGGCGUGAAGAAUUUGUUCAGUGGGUUGAGAUGCUGCCAGAUACACAAACACCAUCAUGGCUGGGCCUUCCAAAUAAUGCAGAGAAAGUUCUUCUCACUACACAAGGCAUAGAUAUGAUCAGUAAAAUGCUGAAAAUGCAGAUGCUGGAGGAUGAGGAUGAUCUGGCUUACGCAGAAACUGAGAAGAAGACAAGAACUGAUUCUACAUCAGAUGGUCGCCCAGCCUGGAUGAGAACACUGCAUACCACAGCCUCUAACUGGCUUCACCUUAUCCCACAAACUCUCAACCAUUUGAAGCGGACUGUGGAAAACAUUAAGGAUCCUUUGUUCCGCUUCUUUGAGAGAGAGGUGAAAAUGGGAGCUAAGCUUCUUCAGGAUGUUCGUCAGGACCUUGCAGAUGUGGUUCAAGUGUGUGAAGGAAAAAAGAAACAAACCAACUAUUUGCGUACACUUAUAAAUGAACUGGUGAAAGGUAUUUUGCCUCGUAGUUGGUCUCAUUACACAGUGCCAGCUGGUAUGACUGUUAUUCAGUGGGUGUCUGACUUCAGUGAGCGCAUUAAACAACUGCAGAAUAUUUCCCAGGCAGCUGCUUCUGGUGGAGCAAAAGAACUAAAGAACAUCCACGUGUGUCUUGGUGGCUUGUUUGUACCAGAGGCAUAUAUUACUGCUACAAGACAAUAUGUUGCUCAAGCAAACAGUUGGUCACUUGAAGAACUCUGUCUUGAGGUCAAUGUUACAACUACACAGAAUGCAGUACUGGAUGCAUGCAGUUUUGGAGUCACAGGCCUGAAGCUUCAGGGAGCUACAUGCAGUAACAACAAGCUGUCGCUUUCAAAUGCUAUUUCAACUGUACUGCCCAUUACACAGCUUCGCUGGAUCAAGCAGACAAAUGCUGAUAAAAAAGCAAAUGUUGUUACUUUACCAGUUUAUCUGAACUUCACUCGUGCUGAUCUGAUUUUCACGGUUGACUUUGAAAUAGCUACCAAGGAAGACCCCCGUAGCUUCUAUGAACGUGGUGUUGCAGUUCUCUGCACUGAGUGAAAAAUCCUUGUUUUGACUGGUAUUGCUGUAGUAAUUGUCAGUCUUCUCCGUAGUAUUCACCCCUACUUUUGUAACCUGGUUAGAUUAGGUUGUCAGAUGGAUUUCUGUUAAGUUGACUAGAAAGAAGGGGAGCAGUGCAUUGGAAAGCUGAUAGGCUAGAUUUCUUCGAAGGAAACUUGGAUGACUUUUUAGAUGGUUAUUGAUAGAUGUGAUAUUUGAUGGAUCAUGUUAUACACAAUAAAGUUUAUAGCAA